AGCGGAGUACCACAAGACUAGUGAGCUGUUGUAAUGCCUGCCGAUGCCUGCCACAAAUUUACGCCUUUUGAAAAAGCUUCUGCUACAAAGGUUUCAUCUAAAAUUUGGAUUGUCAGUUUUACAAGUAAAGGGCCUUACAAGAAUGGCCGUAGAUGGGGAAGGCUUGCAGAGCAAAGUCACUUUAAACGAUGGCUAUAAAAUGCCUCUCUUCGGUCUUGGAGUGUUCAAGGCUUUGGGUGAUGAUGGAAAGGAGGCCGUGAAGUUUGCUCUGCAGAAUGGAUACCGAAUGAUUGAUACAGCUGCUCUCUACGGGUAAGCAUGUAGCAUUGCGUUGUGAACCACUCGAUCAUGUGAUUAAUGAGAAUACUGAGCAGUAAGGGACAUCGUGUAAAUCUUACGAGAACAUCUGAUUACCGUUGCAUGAAGUAUUCAUAGAUUUCUUAUUUUAAUAAAAAAAAUUCAAGCAAAUUAUAGAAUAAGAUUUUGUUCUCGUAAAUUCAAACUGCCUGUUGAAAUAAAAGAAAAAAGGGUUCUUAUCGUACGAUUUGCUUUAAAUUUUUCUCGUAUAAUAAAUAAACGUUUUCUUAGAUUGAGAGUUUUGGAGUAAUCUCGAAUUUAGAGUGAUAUAGUGAAGUUAUGCAAUAGUAUACCUGCCAACUUUUUCUGAGAUAUAAGCAUGAGAUUUUUAUCCUGGGAGUGCUGGGAUUUUUGAAGACGACUCGAUCAUUUCCGAAGAUUCCCGAAGAAGUCCGAAGUCUUCCGAAGACGUCCGAAGUCUGCCGAAGUCUGCCAAAGGCGAGCUCGCUCCCAGUGCUUUUCACUUCAAAAAUCAGAGAUCGCGAGGAAGGUAUUGCCAUUUAUUCAUUGUACACAUGGUUUUCGUUCCUUACAUGGGUCUGAGUUAACAUAUUUUUGGAAAUUGUUUCAAGCAGGACGGCAACAACUCACAUUUUUCAAUCAGGCGUGAGAAAUUGGCCCGCAGGCGUGAGCCGGCGUGAGAUCGAAGUUUUCAACCAGCAGGCGUGAGACUCACGCCUAAGGCGUGAGAGUUGGCAGGUAUACAAUAGGACUGGAGAGAAUCGUGUGUUACAACGUUACAAUAACGUUGUUUGAAAGAACUUUCCGCCAAACUUCACUUUCCGUCAAACCUUUUUCGCACGUGCCUUAAAAAGUCCUUGAAUUUUCCACAGAAGUCCUUGAAUAUUUUUGAAAGCUACUUGAAUAAAAGUAGCUUUGAUCGUUAAAAAAAAAAAAAAAACUGUUUUGCGCAAACAAGGAAUGAUUGAAAGCACAACAAUACACAAACAUUUUCUUGGUGAUCAUGAAAGUGCUUGUUCUUUAUAUGAUUUCGGUGUUCCGGCAUAGUUCAUUUUCAGUUAUUUGAAGUACCCCAGGAACCAUGCCUUAAUGAAGUAAGGUAUUGCAACAAGUUUAACCCCUCCACCUAUGCAUUUUACUUCAUGUUAUUGGGGAAAAGGAGUCCUUGAAAAAAUGAUUUUAGUCCUUGAAAAGUCCUUGAAAAGUCCUUGAUUUUCAAAAAAUUCUGUAUGAACCAUGUCAAACAUAUCUUUUUGUAUUUAAAAGACCUGAAAAUAUUAUUGUUUAGUGAAGAUCAUGACAAAACAGGCAAGAAAUAGCCCAAUAAUGUUUGUCACACACAGACGUUAAAUUGCCCUCCUCCUCUUUGUGGUGUCCAGGACCCGGUUCCUCAAGAGAUGGUAAAGUUAAACCCAGGAUUACGCCAAAUUUUGAGCAAGGUUUUCUUGUCUAAGAGUGUGUAAUUUGAGUUUACAAAAUGCUGUUGAGCCUUUACUCUGAGAUACAGUAAUGAUAACACUAAGUGUUACUUUAAGCAAUACACAAGAAGGCAAAAUGCAAAAAAACUAAAGUAAAUAUAAUCAUUGAUUACAAAAUCUGCCUUUUAGGAACCGGGCCCUGUUGUGUUAACUCAUUAUUUCAAAGCAAGGGAGGUUGGGCAUGAUUCCCCAUAUUCUGCAAUUAUUAACACAAAACCCACAUAUUCAGAAAGAGCAGAGCUUUUACAAAAUUCUCAAGUUUUCAAAAUUUACUAAGAGAUGUAUGGAUUGCCAAACACAUUUAUCAGACGCCUAUGUGUUUCUUACUAAAUUUUGGAGUUUUUGAAUGCCUGUGUCUCAUUCACUAUUGGCCCGAUUAGCACCAAAGGUUUUGUAAAUCUUGGUUUAAUUCCCCUUUCUGGCUAUAGUGGGCCUUGUGUUCACUUCAUCCCAUAUAAUUGAUGGACUCAUACCCAGACCCCCUCAGUUUGAAAUCAGGCAAUUAAGGUGAUUAAGCGAACAACAUGGGGACAUUUCAUUUUUGUAUCCAACAAAACACUAGCCCCCCCCAAUCAUCUGGUUCCUAGUUACCUCGAUAGUAUUACUGAUCAACAAAAAACAUCACAGGAAGACGUGAAAAACAAAACAGAAAAAAAGGUAAAGCUAACUUAACCCUUUAAACCCCUAGAUCAAAAUUGGAAUUCUCAUUUGUUGCCCCUAUUCAUUUUCUUCAGAAGUAAUGGGAAGAAGUUGAUAACAUCAAACAAAUUCAUCUUGAGUGAUCAUGUCUGUAAUUCUCCUGCCCACUCUGUUUUACAAAGCAUUGAUAUUACAAGGAGAAAUUUGAUGCUGAUCACUCUUAGGACUUAAAGGGUUAACCUAGGAAGUUUCGGCUUACUUUGCCCCAUGGAUAGUAGUCUUGGAUUCUGAAUUCCAUGCCACAGAUUCCAGAUUCCUUGUACUGGAUUCCAGUCUAUAACAGUGGAACUUGGAUUCUGGAUUCCUUGAGCUGUUUUCCAGAUUCCAAAGCCCAAGAUUCCCGGAUUCCAGAAGCAAAAUUUCCCAGAAUUCCAAAUUCUACAGGCAAAAAUUUCCCAGAUUCUGGAAUCAAGAUUUUCUUACAUGGGGCAAACUUUUACAUUACCAAAAUGGUAUGGGAUAGUACACCUGACCUGUUUGGACCUUAGUGACUUACGUCUGGAUGUAUUUUUUACGUAUUGAUUUAUAACAAGGUUGAGUUCUCCUCUCUGAUAAAUGAUAAAUCCAUAGGGAUAUUGCAGUGUAUGGAAAACGUGAAAAAAAGAAGGGAAAAAACAGGAUAUGAGAUAUUCAGAAAAGAGAUUCUGUUAUGACAUUUAGUGCAUCAAAGCAAUUUGUUUUAUUUUUUACAGAAUAAUACAAAGUAGAAUUAUUAGGAAUGUUUGGCCAAAAAAAAUUAAUACUACCACCAAUUUAACUAGAAAUAGUAACAGCUUCUCUGUUAGAAUGAUUGUAUUUUUUAAGUGUUUGCCCUUUUUUCAGAAACUACAAUUCUAUUCAUUUAAACAGUAGUUGAACCAUUAACAACACAUCAGGCACACAAAACAUUUGACAUUUUCCUGGGUAAAAUUAAUGAAAAAUGAAGCGUUUUUGAAAUUCCUCAGAAAUGAAGCUGAAGUUGGACAAGCAAUCAAAGACUCUGGAUUAAAGAGAGAGGAUAUUUUUGUGGUAACAAAACUUCAGAGUAAUGCUCAUGGAUAUAACCAAUGUCUUGAAGCUUUUAAUUUAAGCCUAAAAAAGUGAGUAAAUGGGUUAUUGCAGGCGACAAGAAGAGCCUACAAUCCGGGGGGGGGACUCUGCAUAUGAAAGGGGUGGGGAUGCUUGUCAGAAAUUUUGAAUUAAACCUCUAAAGGAGACCAGUCUCGGUGUGGCCCUAAAAGAGACCAUGUUAAGACACAGACAAUAUAUAUUUUUUAUAUUUUUUCGUGUGCAACCCUAAACAAGACCUUCAUGUCUAAAUAUGAUGGCGUUUUGCCCAGAACACCCUAAGUGAGACCAAAAUCUGAAAUUUACACCCCUACAUGUAAGCAAAAUGAUGAGCAUCCCCACCCCUUUCAUAUGUGGGUUGCCCCCCAGCAAUCAUUACACUUGUGUCGCAUGUAUGUAGCUAGCAUUCAUUUGGACUUCCACUAAGAAUGUAUGGAAAUAUGCACAGAAUGCACGUUGAUCACACGCAUUUGUACCUUCUACACUCAUAAUCUGAUCAUGCGUGUUUUGACCAUCUGUUUAAAUGUAAAACUUACUCAAACCACAGCGCUGGAGCAGAAGUGUUUUGACCAUCAAUCGUUGUCACCUGCACUCUGUAACCUUUGGUCAUAUUUACUAGUUUAUCAAGUGCAUUUAGUUUUUCAUUAACGUUUUAGUUAUUAUUUUUUUAAAGAUUCUCUGACAAUGACAAACUUCUUGCAGGCUUGAUAUUGAUUAUGUCGACUUUUACCUCAUCCAUUCUCCUACUCCUGGGGAAAAUAUUAAUUUUACAAAGCCAUGUUGAAGCUUCAGGAGCAAGGGCUUAUAAGGUGACUAUUCAUGUUUACUACCUCUAUUUUUUGUUUCCAGUUUGGAAUUCCAGCACAAUUUUGCCACUGUAGUCUGUUGAUUUGUUAAGGCAGAGAAUACAGAACACAACAAGGAUCAAACAAAUAACAAUGGUGUAAUGGUAAACCGCCAUUACAUUGAGCACAUGGCCUAGAGAGAGUAGGAUUGUGGGAGUGCUAGGCAUGUAAUGCAUGCACACUUCAAUGUUCUAUCAAACAACAUAGUAGCUUUAAUAAGCUCUGUUAUCCUAGCUACUUUUUAAACUGCACUUUUUAACAGCCAAAGUUUAUUUGACUCACCCUCUCUAAUAAUCCCAACCCCCCCACCACCCUCCCCAAAAAAAACAGAGUUUUCAUAAUGAAAGUAUGAAAAAUUCUUUGGGAUCAACAGUAGUUAAUGAUUAUUCACAGGUUGCACUUACUCAAAAAGUUGUAAGAUGAGUUACUGAUUAAAAAAAACUCUCGCUAAAUCAUGUAUUGGCGCGGCUGUGCUAAUGAUGCUACUGUUGAAAAACUGAAAGCACAAAAACAAAUUGCCAGAUGCUGCCACUCUACAUGUAGUUUUAAAUAUGGGCUCCCUGUUCUAAUAAACCCCUCUCCAGCAUUAACCCUUUAAGCCCCAAUGUCCACGCACAAAUUCUCCAAACUGAUCUCCUACAUUUCCUUUAAGAAUUACUUGAGAGAAUUUGAUAAAAGAUCAUGGUAUUUUCCCUUUGGUGAUCAUUUUCAUUAAUUCUCAUAACUUUAUCUUUUGACAAUGUAUGGAUAUUGUUAGGAGAAAAUUGUUGUUGGUCACUAUUGGCUCUUAAAGGGUUAAAGCACCUUCCCCUUUCCUUUACAAUGAGUGGAAAAAUAUUAUUAUGGUAUGUUUAAAUACUCCUGACCAAUCUCUUGUCAAUGCAUAGUUUCCCCCAAAAAAAAAGGGAGGGUCUUGCUAAUUUCUUUCCCUCUCACAGCAUGUGGUACUUACUGGUACUCAACAAUGGCAGAUUUUGGGAAUGCCCCAUUUGUCAUAUUAUUAAAAUGCUAUAUGCAUCAAUAAACAGUUGUAAGUAUUUGUUUUUGUUUUGUUUUGGUUUUUGUUUAAUGAUGGUCAAAAACUGACCCAGAAGUCAGUGAAAAGUCAGGAUAGAGUGAGGGAAUUUUUUGGUUUCUGAUGAGUGGCAACUCUGUAUUAAUAUUUUAAAUAAAGUGAAAUGCAUGAUUUAUACAGUACUUUUCCUUGUUUUAAAUUAGGUCCCUUGGGGUUUCCAACUUUGGUGUUCCUCAUUUAGAGGAGAUGGAAAAGGCAGGACUUCCUACACCAGCUGUCAAUCAAAUUGAGCUCAAUCCUUUUUGGCGAUUAGAUGACAUUGUGAAUCAUUGCAGACAAAAGGGAAUUGCAUUAAUGGGCUACUGCCCACUUUUUCGUGGAAGGAAAAAUAAUGACCCAGUGUUGGUUGAGAUGGCAAGUAG